GUACUCAACCCCCGGGCUUGCUCCUUUCAGGCCCUCACCCCCUGAAUCACCUCUCUCCAUCCUCACCCCCUACCACCAGCAACCCGUCCGUAACAAUGUUCCGCAAAACUGCCCUCCUCGCCCUCGCUCUCCUUCCCGCCUCGUUCGCCCAGGUCGCCGAAGACUUCGAGGCCGGCUGGGACGAGGCUGCAUGGCCUAUCUACGCCCCUGACUGCAACCAGGGCGGCAAGGUCGCCUUGGACAGCACCACUGCCCACAGCGGCACAAACUCGAUUAGGGUCGACGGCGCCGGCGGCUUCUGCGGGCACAUCUUCUUCGGCACGACCAGUAUCCCCACCGGAGACCUUUUUGUCAGGGCCUAUGUCAAGGCGUCAACGGCCCUCACUGACGCCCACGUCACUUUCAUCACCAUGCCGGACCCCGCUCAGGGCGCCAACAAGCAUCUCCGCAUCGGUGGCCAGAGCAAGAUCCUGAUGUACAACCGCGAAUCCGACGAUGCCACCCUCCCGGACCUGUCCCCGCAGGGCAUCGCCGCCUCGGCCGCGCUCCCCACGGAGGACUGGCAGUGCUUCGAGUACCACGUCGGCGCCGACGGCUCCAUCGAGACGUGGCUGAACGGCGAGGCCAUCGCCGGCCUGACCAGCAUUCCGGGCGAGAGCAACCCCAACGCUGCCCAGUGGCAGCGGAGCGACAUCAAGCCGACGCCCUCGGCCGUCUACUUCGGCUGGGAGUCGUACGGCGGGGACACCAACACCUUCUGGUAUGACGACAUCGUCAUCGACUCGGCCCGCGUUGGGUGCGAGUAGAUCAGAAAGGGGUCGGGUCAGGGCAGGUUUCAGACCUUGUAACUGUACAUAUUAUUUGCAUACGAAGAGGCCUGAACAUACAA